AUGACACCUGAAGAAGAGCAUUUGAUUCUGGAACUCCACUCUAAAUGGGGAAACAAGUGGUCUCAGAUAGCUGGAAAGCUGCCUGGUAGAACUGAUAAUGAGAUUAAGAACUAUUGGAGAACACAUAUGAGGAAAAUGGCACAAGAAAAGAAGAGAAAUUCACCCUCUUCUUCUUCUUCUUCUUCUUCUUUUUCUAAUGGAAUGGAGAAUCAAGAAGAGGUGAGCUUUAUUGUAACAAUGGCUGAAGAAAAAGAAGAGGAGGUGAAGGUGGAGGUUUACCCCAUGGAUCAGCUGUGGAAUGAGAUGGAGUUCUCUUCUGUUUGGGAGUGCUGAGAGUUGAAUCCUUGUGGAAGGAACGAGAUGAUGAGCCCAAUUUAGUUCCUU